CUUGUUUUCUAGUGCAUGGUAAGUGAUGCUUGAAAACCUUUAGGGAAAGGGUGAUGUCAAAAGAUAACAAUCGAAAGAAUUGGGAUGCUUGUGCUUGGUUGAGGCACAUGCCCUCCAGAAACCAUGAACUGGCAAUUUAGCAUCAUGUCCAUGCCUCGACACACUUUCUUCUGGAAAAUAUUUGUAGCUUCAGUCUCUAGAUUCUAACAAGCUGUUGUUGCCACUAGCCUAUUGAUGAUAGCUAGCAGAUUGCCCUAUCAAAGUUGCAAUAAACUAUAUACAAUUUGAUCAAGCAUCCUUGACAGUCAAGUUCUUUUUGAUUUUUUAUGCAUUGCAGAGGAGGAUAGUGAAGUUGAUUUCUAGUUGACUUGCAGAGUAGAUGAGGUAAUUGGCGAUCAUUUGCAUUUCAGAUUGCUUUUGUGGGGGUUUCCUCCCCACUCGGUGAAGCAUCAGAUUCCACCAAACGCUCAUUCAUUUGGUUCAUGCAGAACAAUCUUUUUCACACAACUGUAUUAGUAGUCCUCGAGAAUAGAUUCUCAUCUGUUCCAAGAUAAAAAAAAGAAAGUGGUCGUAUUAUCUUUAGGGGAUUCCUUUGCUCGGUGGCAUAAAUGCACCAAGGGAGGCCCGGUGGCACGGCCCCAAGAAAGCAGCUGCAUGGGGGGGUUGUCUUCUUCCACACAGAGACUUGUUGUCAUCACGGUGGGGCUUCUCGCCGUGCUGUCGCCGCUGUACGUGGGCAGGAGAGGGCGGGUCGAGCCGGACGACGACGGUGGCGGUGGAGCCCUGUCGCUGUGGCUCCUGCUCCUGCUACUGGUCUUCGUCAUCAACCUUACGUGCUGCGCCGACCGCAGGAUCAUGAGGUGCAAGGCUUCGCUGGGCGGUUGAUCUGGAUGCCAUCGAUGGAAGCAAUUUUUUGUGGAGGUGUCGAUGUCUUGCUUGUUGAUGGUGUCGAGUGCGGUUUAAUGUUGGGAUUUGACAUUUUGUCAACCCCAUGAAUCCACUGUCCAUUACUCAGCUGAAUGAGGAAGCGAGAUUAGUGGAAGAGAGGCUUCAAUCUUUUUCUAUUUAAGAUGUAAAAAAAUAGACAUUAUUUCUUUAAUUGCAAGCAUAUGAACACUAAUUCAUA